AUGACCGGCACUUGUAUUACCGCCAAUGGCUCCAUAAUCAUCCUCAACGUCAAUGGUCCUGUGACGGGCGACAUCUUUUCUGGUCCUAUCUACGGUGGAAAUUUACAGUGCCGAAUCCACGCCCACCAAGCCGUAGAGACGACGGUUUAUGUUUCCUUCGACGAUUCGAGUUCCGGGCUGGGUUGCAAGGCCUUUUUCGAGCUACUAGGCGAAGGAGGGGAGAAGCGCUGUCGUAGGAGGGAGAAAACAGCGCGCAAUGAAUCUGCGUAA